GCUCCUCGCCAGUACAAGCCGCGGCGUCCCCCGCGGAACUGCGCGUCGUUGUAGGCCUGCGGACUAGCGAGCGAGCGAGCCGUCCAGACAGCCGGGACAAAACUGAAAACAUGAACAAUGAUACAUAUUACCAAUGUUCAAAGCUGAUUUGGCUAGAAUUGGAAUACAGUUGCCUACAACAUAUUCCAGAGGAAUUAGAAAAGUCAAAGUAAUGGAUAACAGAAAAGAGCCUCCAUUCUUCAAUGAAGAUAACGUGGGACUGCUGUACUACAAACUUCCUUUCUAUGACACCAUGGAGCUCUUCAUUGAAACAUUGACUGGAACAUGUUUUGAGCUGAGAGUUUCACCCUUUGAAACUGUUAUUUCUGUGAAAGCAAAAAUUCAAAGAUUGGAAGGUAUUCCCAUCUGUCAGCAGCACUUAAUUUGGAAUAACGUGGAACUUGAAGAUGAUUACUGUUUGAAUGAUUACAACAUUUCAGAAGGUUGUACCUUGAAGCUGGUAUUGGCUAUGCGUGGAGGACCUAUAAAUACUAGAAGAGUUCCUAUUGAAGAUCCACUUAGGGAGAUGGCUGAGUACAUGGAUUCCAGUCAAGAUGAGGUCUGGGAGAAGACCUCCUGCAACAAACAAGUUACAUUUUUGGUAUACCAAGAAGGAGAUCAAUUGCAUUUCUUUCGUGUAGUAGAUAGGGGAGAUGGCACUUUAACACCAUUAUCUGAAUCUUUAAGUGGUGGCUCUAUGUAUAAUUUAUAUACUGAUGAGGAUGAAGAAGCUGAGCCUUCUCCUUCUGGGCAACAGAUAAUUGAAAAUUCAAUAACUAUGAAUAAGAUGAAGCUGCUGAAGGUUAAGAUGGAGAACAUGAAUCUCAGCAAAAAGGACAAUACUAUGUUGAAUAACAGUGGUGACACAGGGCAUGCCUAUCUUGUUCCUGAUCUUAGAGGGCAAGGUUUCAGUUUUUCAACACCCAAGCAAGCUGUCAAGGUAAAACCUCACCCACCUAUAGCUCCUCGACUUUCUGGUGGUUCCACAGCAGCUGCUCGGCACAGAUUGUUAAGAGUUCUCCCCCACAUUGGGCAGUCUUCUUUCCCUUCUUCUGGAAAUACAUAUCUACCUGAAGCAUCCAGCAAUGCAGUUUCAAGUCUGGCACCUCUGCCCCCUGCUGAUAGAACAAUAUCAUUUAUCCCUAGUAAAUUUCUUACGGAAGAUGGUAACUGGGAGAAUAACACACUGUCUCAUUCUAAUGGUAGCAUCAAACUACCACCUCAGAUAACCCAUGUGGCGUUUGAAAAUGACAAAGCGUUUGUCGACUCUGUUCUCCAUCUUGAAUCACCCCUGCCUAGGCGGACAAAACACUUUUCAGGAAAUUUGUCAUCUAAUAAUGAGGAUGACACUGUUUUAUUUCCAACUUCUGAAGAGCGUGUAACUGAAAAGCCACUUCUACCUGAAGUGGGUUUGUUUGCUUCGUUUACAGAAGGAAAUACUGAUGAACAGAGCAGAGGCUUAGAAGAUACAUCAAAGGUAAAUCCAGAGCUCUUACUCACUAAUGGUGAUAAAGGGUUGAAAGCUACAGAACAGCAUCUUAAACAUGUUGCCAGAGUGUUGAGUGGGGAAUCAGUAGAGAUGACAGUUCUCGACCACCAUGAAUUAAGUCCUCAAAAGAAUAGACUCUUGUCACCUCUUCACUGUUCUACACCGAUGUCGCUUCAUAAUUCUCUGGUGAAACCACAGAGACAGUCCAAACGUCCUGAGUCUGGGAAUCUCCACUCCUCUGCUUCACAAAAUGUUCUCCGGCCUUUGGAUGUUCGAAAUAUAACUGAUUCUUCUUUCUCUAGGACUACUCGCUUUCGAGCUGUUAAAGUUGAUUCACCUGGGAAAAGAUCUGACAUUAUUUCUAAGGUUGAGGCUCGGGAUAUCACAGAAAUGGCAAACAAGGCUUCCAAAGAGCCUGUUGGUUGUGUAAAUAAUAGAGGUUUUCUUUCUUCGCUGGCCCGGAGCACAAGCAGAGAUGGGUUACAGAGCACAUGUGGGGUAGGCAAGCUUUGGACCUCUGGAAUUGGGCUGUCUACAAACCUCCAGCACUUUCAGGAAGAAAGCUUUAGGAAAAGUUCUCCCCAGUUAGAAUCUACUGAAUUUUUUCUAUCUGCCCAUGGUAUUGGAAUGAAUGGAAAUAAUACAGCAACAGGGAAAAGAGUGGGAGAAUGUACUCAUCGCCUGCCACCUGUGAAAGCCCCUAUUCAAACAAAGAAGAAAACAACAAAGCAUUGUUUUCUUUGUGGAAAGAAAACUGGACUGGCUACUAGCUACGAAUGCAGAUGUGGAAACAACUUCUGUGCAUCUCAUCGCUAUGCAGAAACUCACAGCUGCACCUAUGAUUACAAGAGUUCAGGGAGGAGAUACUUACAGGAGGCAAAUCCUGUAGUUAACACACCAAAACUUCCAAAAAUCUAACUCUUGCUCUGCGCCUAACUGUUCUGCCUGAGGAAUUGUAUUGCAGUGACAGAAGAAACAUUGUUUAGAGUACAUUAAUUUUGUUUGACUCCAAAAGAUUUGCCAACUAAUGAAAGCAUAUGAUGCAUAAUGUUGGAGAAUGAGAAUGCUAUUGUAUUUGAUAUCUCUAUUCUUUGGUGAAUCAAAAGUUUUAAAAUUAAUUGUAAAAACUUUAUAAUGAUUUAGCUUUGUUAUUGCAUCUCUUGUGUUAAGUAUUUUCUAUAUUUGAUGUUGCAAUUUUACUAGACAAGUCUGCAAAAUAUGCACUUUAGGAAGUUAACAUUGACUAUGUAACCAGCUUCCACUUUGUACAGGAAUGAGCUGUCAGGUCAUGGCUCUACUCAAAUGUACCACUUGUGUGUGGGGGUGGGGUGGAUGGAGAUUUUUAAAAGAAAAAUCCCACGUGUGCAAGUUUAUUGAGUUUACUAGCAAAUUCCUUUUUAUUUCAAGUCACUUUUUAUUUAAAAAAAAAGGGGGGGAACAUUUGGUUUCCCAUGUGGCUUUAACACAGAUUUCUUCCAUAUUCACAUUGGCAUUCAAAUAUGUAUCCAUUCUAUAAAACACAUCAUGUUAAUUGUAGUAUAUAUUUCUUAAAAUACUACUUUUUGAAUAUUAGUUUUAAAAUAGAAGAUGUCCCACUUGUUGUCAUUAAAUACAGAACCCAACUUUUUACUUUUUGAAAAAUGGCUGCGUUUAAAACAUAAUCUCACAGCUUGGUUUGUUUUUUGUAUAUGUUGAGUGCUAUUAC